AGCUGCGCAAUAGCCUGUCACCUACUGCGCAUGCGCGGCUAAUUAGGGCCAAUUAGUGAACAGGUGUGCUGGCAGGAAGUCUACAAAAAUACCAGCUUACAGUCAUUCGGUCCCAGUGUUUUGGUGAAAAGAGGAAGACUCGUGUUGGCGAUGCAUUUGAAACAAAAAGCGUACAGCUUCGGCCUUAUUUCCACCAUCAUCACAAUAACGUUAUAUUUUUCAGCAGGGGGGUGUGAGCCGACAGCUGCCUCCGUCCACCCAGCCUCUCCCUCGGUUCUCUAUGAUGCCGGGAGCAGCUUUGUGACGACGGAGAUCCACAUUCAGCCCCCCGUCAGCCCGGCCAGGCGGUUACACCYCGGCUCAAAGCCCGGAGACAAAACGUCCGGUAAUCUUCUUCUCCAGACUGAAACCUUCAAAAACAUGGUGGAGCUGAAGAGAGACGCCCCCGAACCGAGACUCAAACCCAGAAUGSUGUCUUCAAGGAAAACGAGCUCAAAAGCUCGCUUCAAACGAAGACAAACCGAGAGAAAGAGGCCGUUUACCUCUCAAGGCCUCCUGAACGGAACCUGCAGUCUGGGCCACAUUGAACACACAGUUCCCGGCAAGUUUUAUAUCAAUGGUCAGUUUGGACCGAACCUCAAAAAUCUAGGCUACGAUUUGGAUUCUGAUGGUCCAGUCCAGGGCCAGGGAAACCAGGUGAGGAGCAGAGGUCAGCAGUCCAGCGGCUCACAUGAGAGCUGGCAGAGAUUAGAGCCCACAGUGGAGUGUGGAGAAAACGCCAUGAUCCUCACCGUCAGGAGGAAACGGGCAACGCAGCUGGUGCUGGAUCAAGUGAACGGGUCAUCGUUGCUGUUCCAGCUCCCUCCUCGCUGUGGUUACUUUAUUCAAAUUACUCCAAAAGACUUCAGUCUGAAGGCUCAGUACGAUGCCUGCCACGUCACUCAGGAGGACGGCAGCCAUGUUUUGCCUCUGCUGUGGAGGGGGAUUCCUGUCAAGGUGUCCUGUCCAGUCUCUAAGAACAAGCGUCCAGGUGAGGGGCCAUUAUUCCUCUGCUGCUCCUCUCUGGGUAUGGCUCUCAAACUACGAGGACCCUCUGCUGACAAGGAGCCUCAUGUAAAUGUGAGAGGAGAAUGGACUCCUUUAUCACUGUUGGCCAAUCAGUGCGGCUACACUGUAAAAAAACGAGAUGAAGACAUUUUAAUCUUUGUUCCGUUUGACACCUGUGGUGUCACAGCGAAGGAUGGAAAUAGCAUACUUUCACUUAAACUAAGAAAGGAAACCUUUAUAUUGACUUGUCCUAUCCAACCCCUUGAAAAACUUCCAGUUACCCAUCAGCCUCUCACAGACAACCCUAGUUUUGCCAAGAGAGUUGCAGAUCCCAAGCUAAAAUCUGUAGGACCUUUACUGUGGAUCCCACCAUUUUACCUGGCCCCACCUAACUAUCCUCACCCUACGUAUCCUCAGCCCAAAGGGCAUGAUUCUUAUAACCCUUUUGCACCUAUGGCUCCUGGCGUUGCUUUUAGUCCACAGCCAAAAAACCAGGACUAUUACUACGAUCAAAUUCCUCCUCAGGAGACCUUGAAACCCUACAGAACCCACAGGCCUCUUUCAUCUAAAGAUCAAACAAAGAACUCUGGCCGAGUUUAUAAAAAUAAACAAAAUCGUAAAGCUUCUGAUUCAAACGUCUUGGGGAACAGUGCAGCUACCACAGGUUUUCAGGUUGAUUUUCAGCAACCUCCAGGUCACGAYUUCAGUCCACAUUACCACUACUACCAUCUCCCCAAAAUCCCUCUUCCUGGAACUCCUCAGGAUCCAGGUGCAUCUGAAAGAUUAACAUCCUCGACUAGUUCUCAAAACCACCAGCUUUCUUCAUUGCCCCCCAAUGUCAGUCAGUUUAAAGAUGCUUCAAACAAGAUGUCUCCAUUAAUCAUCCCUUCUCCCCACAUUUUCCCAACACGUUCCAAAGUGUCAUCACUUUCUGCUUCUUACCCUCUACAGCCUUUUCCUUACUAUUUCCUCUACCAGCCAGAUGUUGGGAAAAGUGAGGCUAAAAGAUUGGUUCUUUUACAUCCUCAUGUGGCUGCAAAAACAAAUCCAAAUCCCCAAAUGUAUAAUACAAAGAUGGAUAAAUCUGAUGUGUCGAAGCUACAAGACGGUAGCAGUGGGAGACUGUUUGCCCCUGUGACUCCUGUGGUUUGGUCUCCAGUACCUCAGAGUUCUUCCCACAAACCAGAUCCUCUUUCAGUUCCUUCUCUGGAAAAACCUUUUAUCCCAGCUCCAGGAUUUACCCACAACGCUGAUCCUUACAAGUACUACUAUAACAACUAUCUGACAUAUGUGCCUGAGGCUUUGCGUGAAAAACACAACCUUGGUGCUCAGAUUACGCCCCGAGCUGCAGCAUCUUCUUCAGUUAAACCGUCCAAUCGCAAUCACACUCCACGCACAGAGUCUAUGAAUGAUAUUCAGAAAAGGCUACUGCAUUACUAUUCCCUUUAUCUGCCUCAGCUGGUCAAACGCAACCAGAAGCUACAUCAUCAAGAUGGCAAAAAGACAAAGAAAGCCUCUACAAAGUUUGCAUCUCAACUUUCUCAACCCUUUGACUUCGGUGAAACCCAGCAAACUGCUUCCAGUGUCCCUUUGUCAAUGUAUGACCCCCCUCAAAGUCUUUACUCCUACUUUGUCACUCGGCAAAGUCCAUCCGAACCGUCAGAGCAACAUGGUGGAAAAAGAGUAAAAGUCAAUCUGGAUAAAGAAAUGAAAGAUGGGACAGCAGGACAGGUUUUUGACUUUGCUCUUCCUGACUCGGUGGCAGACCCCUCAGCGGUCCCUCCUGCUCUGUCCUCUGGGGACAGUAAAAGGUCCUGCAGGCUGAAAAAGCUGAUGUCUCAUCCUGACGUCUACAUUGUUCCCUUGAAUGGCUGUGGUGUCAAUAAACGCAAGAUGGUUAAUCUGUUGGAUGUCCAAGGUAUCAAGUCACACAAAGAUGACAGUUUUUACUCUCCUGGAAGGUCGAUGGUAGGAUGUGGUUCCUCCCCAGAUUUUCCAGGUAAACUGAGGUUCCACAUGAAGGAUCGACGUCGACCUUCCUCUGCGGUCUCUGUUAUUCUGAGAAUUGCAACAGACGAGUCCUUCAGCAGCUUCUACCCUAAAGCUCACCUUCCUCUCAGCCUCAUGCAGAAUAAACCKGUUUAUGUGGAGCUGAAGCUGCUGGAGCCCUCAGAGCCCAGYAUGGUGCUGCUGGUUCACUCCUGCCUGGCUUACACACCAAACCCAGAUGGCAGCUGGAUGCGUUUUUAUGACAGUUGCAGCAGCCAGGGCAUUUCGCAGCUGCUUCCUUCCUCCGACUCUGGACACAUCCGGAGGAUUAAAAUUAACAGCCUCCCCUCCCUCCCCUCCAAACGGUUCCCAUACAGGACUSAAGUUGGACACUGGAACCCGGAAGAUCCAGAGAUCCACAUUUUAUGCCUGACAGAAGUAUGCUCAACUGUUCAUAGUGACUGCAGAGUCAGGUGUGGCAAAGGUCCAAACAGUGAUGCAAAGGCAAUGAAAUAAAGAAACUUUUACACAACUGUGGYGUGUUUUUAUUAUUUUUAUGAAAACAAGCACAAGUGUACUCUUCCACUAAAUAUUUAGCUCUAAAACUAUAAAGCAGUGCAGUAGUCAUGGAUGCACAGUACAAAACAAGGCAAAAGCAGUCAAAGGCAUUCGGCUUGAACUUUUAGUUGGUCACAAACAAUUACAACAAAAACUGUUUUUUCAGACUAGUUUUAACACAGUGGACUCAGCUUACAACACUAAUUCAAAACCUUUAUUUCAAACUUAACGUUUUACWUUUUGACACAUCCUGCGCCCCUCAGCAUAACUGAAACAAAAUGGAAUGAACUUUCUACAAAGUAAAGUAGCAGGUGUGAAGGGCACGUUUUGUUCCAGGUCACAAAUUAAAAAUCUUCGCCCACAGAAGAAAACACAAAGAUUUGAAUUCUAGUAACAUGCUUCCUUUUUAUCUUUUCACAGUGAUUUUGUUAGUGACUCAGCAAGUUCUUUGUGUAUGAUAACGUAAAAAGAACAAAUGUGGCAAAACUCCAAGCACUGAAAGCUGUCUAUGCAUGCAGCAGAAGAGUAAAUAUGAUCAUGUAAAACAGGCUUGUGGAACUAAAAAAAUGCUGCUCCUGUUUGCGUCUUAUUAAUGAAACGAAAAGAUGAACAUUUUAGGCUCAUUGGAUGGCUGUGAUGUAUGUUUUUACACAAAUUGGUCGCUAACAACUUUAAUCAUCAGUUUAGGUGCAAUUUAAAACAAAAGUAAACACUGAUCUGCUGUUUGGAUUUCCAGCGAUGGUCUUUGGGGCAGAGGAGGAUGAGGAGGACAAAAGUCCUUUUUUUUCUGCUUUUUCUUAGUACACAGCUGAAUAGUAAGAGGCCAUCGCCUGAUGGACUGACUUCAGCUGCUUCAGGAGGAUAAUGGCGCAGACCAGAGCAGUAAUC